AUGCUCAAGUUCAAAAACAAAUUCAAGUUCGGGACGUCGGAAAAAGACGUGCCCGCCAGGCCCGCCACGGCAGACUCCGACACGCGCUUGUCGUCGCAGCUGUCGCCGGGCGUGCCCGACUUCCACAAACUCUCGCUCGCCGACACGGCCAGCCAGCCCACCACCCCGCCCGGCCCGGGCCACGCGCCGCCCACCGUGAUGGCGUCCAACCCCGGCGUGCUCAUCGUCAAGAUCUACCGCCUGCAGAACGUGCUGCUCCCGAUCCGGGUCAAGAACGACAAGCAGAUAUUGCAGGCGUUGGCGCAGAACACCAACGACGCGAGCGUGCUGGCUGCGUUGGGCAAGCGGCUCGCCGACUUGGCCCGGGCGGAGCUGGCCGCGGGCGCGGCCCCGGGCCCGGGCCCAGAUCUGUUGGACGGCAGCGUGGCGGCGUCGCUCCUCCCGUCCAACAUCAACAUCCCCAACAGCAGCGGCGAGCGCACGGUGAAGCCGCUUCUCUUCAUGACGGUCGAGUUCGACAACAACAUGAUCAUGAUCGAGUCGCGCAAGGGCAGCGUGGACUCGUGCCAGUGGGACCGCGUCAUGACGUUCGACGUGACCAAGAUGGUGGCCCACUCGCAGACCAGCGCCAACUUCUUGAACGUGAACCUCUAUCUUCGGUUGCCGAACCGCUUGGUGCCCGCGCAGGAGCGGCAGGACAAGGUUGAUUUGUUCACCGUGAGCAACUCGAACUCGUUCGGCGACUUGCAGAUCGGGCUGAUCAAGUUGCCGUUGAACCUCCGGUGCCACACCAAGGCCGUCCGCCUCGUCGACCACGAGUGCCUCAGGUUCAAGACCAACUUGGACGCGCUGGACGAGAUGGGCGACAUUUCCUUGAGCAUCGACUUCAAGCCCCAGCUCAAGACCCACCUUUCCAUCGAGGACUUCGACUUGCUCAAGGUCAUUGGCAAGGGCUCGUUCGGCAAGGUCAUGCAAGUCAUGAAGAAGGACACCAAGCAGAUCUACGCAUUGAAGACAUUGCGCAAACAGCACAUCGUCUCUCGGAUGGAGGUCACCCACACCCUCGCCGAGCGCACGGUGUUGGCGCGCAUCAACAACCCUUUCAUUGUACCGCUCAAGUUCUCUUUCCAGUCCCCGGAGAAACUCUACCUCGUGUUGUCCUUCAUCAACGGCGGCGAGCUCUUUUACCAUUUGCAGAAGUCGGGCAAGUUCACCAUGGACAGGUCCCGCUUCUACAUCGCAGAAUUGCUCACCGCGCUCGAAAGUCUUCAUGACUUGGACGUCAUCUACAGAGACCUCAAGCCGGAAAACAUAUUGAUCGACUACCAGGGCCACAUUGCUCUAUGCGACUUUGGGUUGUGCAAGCUAAACAUGACCAACGAGGACAAAACCAACACAUUCUGCGGCACCCCGGAAUACUUGGCUCCCGAAUUGCUCUUGAACCAGGGCUACACCCGCAGCGUCGACUGGUGGACUCUCGGCACUCUUCUAUACGAGAUGUUGACGGGUUUGCCUCCUUUUUACGACGACGACGUCUCUACUAUGUACAAGAAGAUCUUGCAAAAUCCCCUCAAAUUCCCAAGCUUCUUGACUGGAACUGAUGCGGAAGAUUUGUUGAUCAAGUUGUUGCAGAAGGAUGCAUCCAAAAGAUUGAGCGACGCCCCGUCUAUCAAAAGCCAUCCUUUUUUUGCCAAUAUCGAUUGGAAGAAACUCUUGGAUAAAGGCUACGCACCACCAUUCAAGCCUACUGUGAAUGGCUUUUUGGAUACUUCCAACUUUGACCAAGAUUUUACGAACGAGAGACCACAAGACUCGGUGGUGGAUGAUUUCCUCAGCGAAUCCGUGCAGAAGCAAUUCGGCGGCUGGACCUACAACGGUGAGACAGUUCUUUAA